UUGUGCGCAGGCGCUCCCCGGGAUUAAUGUCAAGGCACAAAAGUGGCGCUACACCGUUUCCAGCUCUACUCCGGUGGUUGCCUUAGUGAUGGAUGGGGAGUCGGAACCAAACCCUGUCGUGGCAGAAGAGGCAGGGGAGCGGGUGGAGCCCAUGGAUGCCACUCCCUCCCCCGAGCAUCCGACCACGCCCCCCUCCGAGGAGUCUGGGGAGGCAGUUUCCAUGGCAACAGAAGAUGUAACCACAAAAGAGGAUGGCACAGAGGACAAUGAUGACGAUGUGGUUCUUGUAGGGGAGGAAGCUCCCCAGCCUUCUGCCACAACCUUCUCCCAGGACACGCCCAGCACAGACUGCCUAGAGCCGGCUGCUGCCGUGGCAACUGUAGACAUGUCCACGGCAGUGAUGCCUUCCAAGACACCCAGUUCUCCUGCGUCUUCCAACGCAUCUACGGUGGUGGCACCACCGAAACCUCCAACCACGGUGGUGGAGCCUAUUGUCAUUGAUGAUGAGGAGGACUCUGAGCAGAAAGACACUUCUUCCUCCUCACCAGUGCCCCCUGGAGGCUCAUCUGCAUCACACUCACCAGGUGCACUCAGCAGCACUGAGCCAGAUUCAGAGAUAAGGAUCGCCAGUGUCACCACACUGGGCUCUAGUAGCCAGAAAGGAAGCUCUGCCAUUUCUGAAGCUAAUUCUCCACCACAUCCAGUGGACAUUCAGACAGACAUGAACCUGAUGAUAACCUCAGUGACGUCACUGCAGGGCGGAGCAGCGGACGUCACAGUGGCAGGUGAAGACCAGGCAGAGGAAAAUGGUUUGCAGAUCAGCAAUGCAUUCAGCCUGAAUCCCGACACCCCAUCUGGUCGACCAACCGCCUCCUUCAACCCUGGGCGGGGCUCCGGCCCCCUGGGCCAGCUGGUACAGAAUGGAGACACAGGGACACACAACAGAGCAGAUUCAUGGAUCUCUCAGUCAGCUUCAGUCCCUCGCAACCAAAAACAGACAGGGGUGGACUCCCCGUCGACCGCCACCUCGUUGCCCAAACCUCCAGGCCAGUCUUCCACCUCUACUUCUUCCUCAGGCUCUCAGCCCCAGCCCAGGACAGUCAAGGUGACCUGUGCAAACUGUAAAAAGCCUCUGAAGAAAGGCCAAACGGCCUACCAGCGUAAAGGCUCCACACACCUGUUCUGCUCGACCACCUGUCUCUCUGCCUUCUCACACAAACCCGCCCCCAAGAAGAGCUGCACCAUGUGCAAAAAGGACAUCACAAACAUGAAGGGCACCAUCGUGGCGCAGGUCGACUCAAGCGAGUCUUUCCAGGAGUUCUGCAGCACCGGCUGCUUAGGUGCAUAUGAGAACAAGCAAAAUCCUCCCAAAUCAGGCCUCAAAACCAAAUGCACUGUCUGCGGCAAGCUCACGGAGAUCCGGCAUGAGGUUAGCUUUAAGACUGUGACCCAUAAGAUCUGCAGCGACGCAUGUUUCAACGUCUACCGCAGGGCCAAUGGGCUCAUCAUGAACUGCUGCGAGCAAUGUGGUGACUACCUGCCCAGCCGGGCAUCAGCCAACCACUUCCUGUUGGUUGAUGGUCAACAGAAACGCUUCUGCUGCCAGAACUGCAUCAAGGAGUACAAGCAGGCCCACAGUAAACUUGCAAGUUGUCUGACUUGCAAAACACUGAUAAAGACUGGCGAGGUCCUCCACAGCCUCGGAGCAGGCGGCACCAUGGGCUCCUACUGCUCUGUCAACUGUAUGAACAAGGGCAAGUUGGCGUCAACGUCCUUCCUCAACACAGAGCCCACGUGUCACUUCUGUAAGAGGAAUUCAUUACCGCAGUACCAGGCCACGCUGCCAGAGGGAAACAUCCUCAACUUCUGCAGCUCACAGUGUGUUACCAAGUUCCAGAAUGCUACUCUUCAAACAGCCACCAAUGGACAGACACCCCUCUCUACUACCAACAACACGGUCCAGCUGAAAUGUAACUACUGUCGAGGAGCGUUCAGCUUAAAACCUGAAAUUCUGGAGUGGGAGGAUAAGGUCUAUCAGUUCUGUAGUAAGACGUGCUGUGAGGACUACAAGAAGCUCCACUGUAUAGUGACUUUUUGUGAGUACUGCCAAGAGGAGAAGACGCUACAUGAGAUGGUCAAGUUUUCUGGGGUCAAGAGACCAUUCUGCAGUGAAGGCUGUAAGCUUUUAUUUAAGCAGGAUUUUAUCAAGCGACUGGGUCUGAAGUGUGUUAGCUGUAAUCACUGCAACCAGCUCUGUAAGAGAGGUGUGACCCGGCAGCUUGGCGGCAUGACCCGGGACUUCUGCAGCGAGACAUGUGCCAAGAAGUUCAACGACUGGUACUACAAGGCGGCGAGGUGCGACUGCUGUAAGGUGCAGGGUAACCUGACGGAGUCUGUGAUGUGGAGAGCAGAGAUGAAGCAUUUCUGUGACCAGGAGUGUCUGUUGAAGUUCUACUGCCAGCAGAACGAGCCCAUCAUGGUGACACAGAAAGGCCCAGAGAACUCCAGCCUGGGGCUUGAUGUGCAAGGGGCCAAACUUGGGCUGGUGAACCAGAGUACUACAGCGUACACUAGUGGAGGUUUAGUGAGAGAUGUCAAGAACAAGGCAGUGCUCUGCAAACCGCUCACCCUCACCAAGGCUACCUACUGCAAACCACACAUGCAGAGCAAACUUUUACAGACAGAUGUAGAUGAUGGCGUGAAGAGGGAAUAUAUUCCUGUACCUAUACCUGUACCCGUCUUCAUCCCCAUGCCCAUGAAUAUGUAUUCCCAGUUAACUCCCAGUCCAGUCUCUCUGCCUGUACCGGUUCCUGUGCCUGUGUUCCUGCCCACCACCCUGCAGGGGGCAGAACAGAUUGUCCAGACCAUCAGCGAACUGAAAAACAAGGUUCUUCCCUCUGAUCCAGCGGAGGCCGACCUGCUCUCCACGGCUGAGGUGGUCACAGAGGAGCAGAAGCCAGAUGUGAAGCCGGUGAAGGUGAAGAGGGAGCACAAAGCAGAGGAGUCCUCCAGCAGCAGCGCCGAAGAAGAGGAGGAGGAGGAUAAGUACGAGCCCGACCUGGACCUCGAAAUGGACUUCCCUCAAGCCUCAGACCCUGUUCCAGUCCUGGAGGGGAUGGACGAGGACAUGAGCUUCUCUCUACCUCCAGUCCUGUCUGAGGAAAAGGAGGAAAAGGAGGAGUCAGAGGAGUUGGCACCUCGACCUCAGCCAAGGAAACGAGGGAACAAGAGGCAGGCGGUAGAGCAGAGCACAGAUUUAGCCUCAUCCUCCUCUUCCAAUUCAGCGAGCAAACUCUCAGAAGGACGAUCACUGCCUCUUAAAGCUCGCUACGGCAUCAAUGCCUGGAAACGCUGGGCGCUGUCUCCUACUGACGAAUCAGAUGACACCAAAGUGAAGGACGACUCCAAACCCGCCCGGCCUAAAAGUAACCUGCUGUCGCUGAGUUCAAAGGAGCUGAACAUAGCUCUGUCCCGGUUUGUCCAGGAGGUAUGCAGGCCAAGUGGGGAACGCUACACUCCAGACAGCAUCCUCUACCUCUGUCUGGGCAUCCAGCAGCAUCUUCAUGCCAAUGGCCGGAAGGAUGACCUGUUCAGUGACCCGUGCUACCACCAGUUUGGAGAGGAGCUUAACAAGGUCUUGAAAGACUGGCAGCCCAGCGUGCUUCCUGAUGGCUCUCUGUGGGGUCGAGUGGAGGAGCAGAGCCUGUGGAGCAGCCGGCAUCUCGGGGAGCAGGGUCCCUCGGCUCUGCUGCGCUCUCUUGUUUACCUGAACACCAAAUACUUCGGCCUGCGCACCGUGGAGCAGCACCUCCGCCUCUCCUUCGCUAACGUCUAUGACGCUGACACCGUCCAUCCUGUUACCAAGGAGACCACCGUCUGCAUCCGCGUGCCUUCUAUCUCUCAGGAUCACCAUGUGCAAACACAGUCUCGGAAGAGAAAACGUAAGUCGGAAGAAGGCGAUCAGGACGACGGCGACUCAGGAGGCUCCGCUGUACGCUGCCCGGUUAAGAAGCACGAGUGUCGCCUCUACGAGCUCUACAGAUCUAAGUGUCCGCCGUCAUUGCGGGAGCGCCUAGAUAUCUUCUACGUUCAGCCAGAUCCAGACUGCGGUCCCGACGACCCGCUGUGGUUCAGCUCCACGCCGCUGGAGCGACGGAUCCUGGAGAGCCUCCUCACCAGAAUCCUCCUGGUCAGGGAUAUUUACACAGAUAAACAGCAGCUAGAGGAAGAAGAGGAGGAAGAGGACAGGGGUGAAGCAGCUGGGGGAGAGUAGCAGUCGCUCAGAUUUCUGUUAGUAGAGCCUGAUCAGUCUGAAGAGGAGGAUGCGUAGGGUAUCUAGUAGUAUGUGUCCUCUUCACCUGUCUUACCGUCUAGUCCUCCUUACCCUCCUCACUGACUGACUGUUUCCUCCUGGCGAGGAACAUCCACAACGGAAAAAGUAGAGGAUGAUGAAAGUGGUGGUGAAGGGCAGCCCAAACAUAUACUUCGGCCUCAAAAAGGAAGCUAGUUGGGCAAAAAUGUUGAUUUCAUAAACCAGAGGAGGAGCACAGGCACAGAUCUGAUCAAUGCGAAGAAGAGAUUAAGGAAGUGGAGCUGUAAUUUGUUCUUACAGUCAAACAACUAAAUAUGGUAGAAGACAGCCUAUUAAUGGUUAUUAUGUUCUAAAAAGCCAGAAUUUGCUGUUGUGCAUCACCUACGAUUCUGAGGUGCAGCCUGUUUAUAGUGCUCAGACAUGCAGCUUAAAAAUAUUUAUACUUCUAACAACACAGAAUCAUGCUUCAACUUAUCAGCGGCCUCAACGAGGUACCAAAUGACACUGAGGUGAAGGGAAAAGAUGUCAAGGAGUUACUUUCUCUUGUUUCUCAGCUUCAUGACCUCCUCGCCAUCGCUCUGCCGGUGGAAAUGAUGAAGUGGGGUGUUUGGGAUCAACAGAGUAACUUCAUUUUUUACAAAAAAAAGCAAGAGGCAAAGGGAGAAGACAGAGUGUGAGUGAAACCAGAAGAGUAGGAAGAGGUACUGCAAAGCUGAUUAUGUGCUGUGCUGAGAAGAAAGUCCCAGCUGGUAGGUUGAAAUUCCAUCUUCAGUGCAGUCUGGAGUUCAGCUUGUAAAAAACACGGCCGGUGAAAGGGAUUUUGUUCCUAAUUUGCCUGCUGUUUUCUGACCACAACCAUCAGUGAUGCACUUUAGUCAAGUACUUUACUUGAAGGUCUCAUAUUGUGCCCCUUUUUCAGCAAGUACAUGAAAGUCUCACAUGUCCCUAGAAUGUUUCUUUCAGCUCAAAGUACUGCAAAAAUGGUUAUUUUUUGUUUGGUUGUCUGUAGCUUUAAAUGCAGCUGAACUAGGGAUGUCUAUGCCCCUUCAGGAAGGAAACUGUAUCAGUGAUUGACGACGUAGAGCCAAACAGUUGACAAGGACUUUCUGCCACCUCCAACUUUCUCUAUUUUUGUAACGUUGCAGUGUCGCGGAAUUCACUCACAGCUGUUGCGGUAAAUUUGUGUGUUUAUCAAGUUGCAGUUACAUCAAAUCUGUGUUUUUGUUGCAGAGCAGCAGCUUCCAAAUAGCUAUGCAGUGACUGCUGGUUAACAUGUAGUGUUAAUGAGCUACAUUCAGUCACUGUUUCAUGCUUGUUUCAUUAUCUGACAACAGAAAUAUAUGUAAAGGAGAACAAAUUUAUUGUAUAUUCAAGUGUAUUGAAAUUCAGUUUAUAUGAGCACAGAGAGCAAGAGAGAAGUAAACAGAGUUUAGAUGGCACUGAAGCACAACAAAACAAACAGGAACCCACACAGACGGUUAUCGGUUUGAACGGUUUCCGCAGAGCUCUGACUUGUGGGCAUACGAUCAAAGCUAAUGGUAACGCUAGCCACAUUAGCUUCGCAGUGUGCUAACAAUAAGGGUUUGACUAUUGCUGUGGUUAGGUUGCAAUAAAAAACACAAGCAAUCCACAGGAUCCUCAGUUCCUCGGAUGCUGGGAGAGCCUGAGGACUGUUGUGUUCACUCUUGCAACCAACGGCAGAACAUAUGGUGAGCUUGUGACAUUUUGGAGGUGGCAAAUAAACAAGCCUGGUUGGCUGAACGACAGCUGUUCAUUCUGAAUGGCUCACGUGGAAGCAGUGAGGGGGGGAGGAUUAUGCAAAUUUUGAGCUCAAACUGUAGAGUGUAGAGGCUAAAUAAUGUUGUUACUGGCUUGAACAGCAGGAAGGUUAUCUAGUUGUGGGGAGACUGUAGGAAUUGCACAAGUAAACACCUUCAUAUCUUAACAUCUCCAAGUUUAUUGCAAUCACAAACUCUAAAAAUAGAUUUUCGCCAUAUGGGACCUUUGAGGAGUUUGAAAAUUUCAAUAAGAGCACAUUUUUGGGUUCAACAGAUGGCAAAAAGGUUGCUCAGAUUUGGUGUUGAACUGCAGUCGAGCUCCAUCUUGCUUCAUGAAAUGUACUCAUGGUGUUUGGCAGAAAGCAGGCGGGAAAGGAAAUGGCAUGAAUUAGAUUGUAGACCCAAAGCUGUAACUUGUACACAGUUUUGUUAUUUUGCUGGCAGUGAUGUUCAUGCUCACUGCAGCCAAACAGCAUUUACUUACCUGCUGCUCGUCUUGUCUGGUCGGUCCCACCCACUUUCUCAAGCCUGCUGUAAAUGGGAGAACCUUGAGAGUUGUACAUGUUGAAGCUCAAACAGAUACAGAUAAAUUUGCAACUGACACACAAAUCUAACUCGCUUCGGUCUCGGUGUUGCAUUUUUCUCAGCAUGAAGAUGGAAUUUCUGACUUCCCAGCAUGCUUUCAAAGGGUAGCAUAAGAUCAGCAGCCUCCUCCUUUUCUGUCAGGGCGACCUGUUAUAUUACAUAUCUCCGUUCACUGGGCUGCUUUCAUUCCCUCCCAUCAUCGCGCUCGCUGCUCUUCCUCCAUCAGUACUGCUCUCAGGCAAAACCGUUGCACCACAGAGGACUUGAGCUCAGGAGGGCAGGAGUCAGGACUGAUCCCAGCAUAGAAAAAGAGGACUGAAACCAUGUGUUCUCUCAUCAUCAGACGCAUCUGACUCACUGUGGUGCAGUGGAAAGGCUACCUACCGACAUGCUGCAUUUCUUUAUAGGACAUUAGGGGAACCUUCAUUCAUGCGAUGUAGCAUUACAUGCAUACUAAGCCCAGAUUGGGUUGCUUUGAUGUGUAAAUAUCUCCGGAACAAGGCGGUUAUUUGAGUCCACACAGAGGGACACUGUGUAGUUUGGGGUAAAGAAACUCACCCACUGAAACCUUCAGCUUGAAAACUUGCCUCCUGAGAAGCCUUUUUAAAAAAAACAGAAAACACAAAAAAAACCCUGAUUAUUUAUUUCUCCUUUUAUGAGUUUGACUGUAUCUUCUUUAUGUUGGGGUGAGGUUUUUAUCGAUUUCCUUCUCACCCACCAUUCAUUGAAAACCUGCUGCAGACCUGCGCCCUCACCUCUCUCUUUUCCGGUAAAGGAUAUCGGUAAAGGAUCCUGCUAAACAUGAAGGACGUGGAAGCCCAGCAAUCUGUUUUUGAAUUUUGCUUUUCUCCUCAUGUUUGUAUUUUUGGUUUCCUUUAAACUUGAUUUAGUUUAAAUGCCGAGUACCUGUUGAUAUGUCGUGUUCUUCUUCAGAGCUGUUGUGGAGCACUAGCACUGCAAAACAAAAGCUUGUAUUGUGACAGAUACUUGGUUGGACUUUUUUUUUUUUCCUUUUCCAUGAACGAAACAUGUUUGUUUUUUUUCCAGGUUACAAAGUCUGUGACAAUUUUUCAUAUAUGUUUUUUAUUUAUGUGUUCAAAGUCACCCUCCUUUUUUUUUUUUUUUUUUUUUUUUUUUUUUGUGAUUGAUGAAGUGUCAUGAAGUUAAAAUCCUUUGGACGAUUAUUUGAGGAUUUGUUUUCUACUUCAUUAGAAUUGGGAGAGUGCUAUAAGGUGUUCCCAUAACCAGUCCUCAUAAUAUAAGGAAGAUGUUGAGUUUGCCACCCCACGAACACAAUCAAUGUCUCAAAUUUCUCACUGAUUUCAAACGUGUUCUCUGCACAAUCCACAUGACUGCUCCCCCCUGACUGAAGUGGAUUUAACUGGUGAACAAGGUCAGGGAAUACACUUUCAGAGUUUUAUUUUAUCUAAAGAGCAGGUGUUCCUGUUAUUUUUCUACACCUGAUUGCAUUUAAUGGCCUAGAACUGCAGUGUAACAUUUCAGGAACAACGAUAGUGGAGUUGGAUGGAGAUCAUUGGUCAGGAUUUCUGACACCGGAUCAGUGCCAGCCUGAAAUCCAAACCUUUAAACUUGACAGUGGAAGUUGAAGCAGACCCCGGAUCAGAGGACCCCGGUUAACCUGGCUGAUUUUCCUGCUGGACUCGGAGGCAACAACCAAACCUGCCACAGGUUUGGACCUACAGUAGACGCUGUGGCUGGCUUUAAUGCCUAAUGUGAAUGUGCCUAUCUGUAUAUACUGAAAGUGAGUGAUUGUGAGUCUGAUGCUAUGUGUGUGGGCUGAUCUGCUGAUACGGUCAUGUUAAAUAAAUGAUUUCAUUUUCUAUCCAGA